CGCUCGCCCGUCCGCUGCUCCCGUGUUUGUGCGCGUUCGCUCGCGCUCUCCUCGCGGACUAGGGGCUCUGGCUGCAGCGUGCGGCCGGGAAGGGAGGCAUAGGCGGCAGCUUAGGGGAACGAGGCUGCGGGGGUGGUGGCGGCGGGAAGAUGUCGGGCGAGGACGAGCAGCAGGAGCAGACUAUUGCCGAGGACCUGGUCGUGACCAAGUAUAAGAUGGGGGGCGACAUCGCCAACCGGGUACUUCGGUCUGUGGUGGAAGCAUCCUGCUCAGGUGUGUCAGUCCUGAGCCUUUGUGAGAAAGGUGAUGCCAUGAUCAUGGAAGAGACAGGGAAAAUUUUCAAGAAAGAAAAAGAAAUGAAGAAAGGUAUUGCCUUUCCCACCAGCAUUUCGGUAAAUAACUGUGUAUGUCACUUCUCCCCCUUGAAGAGUGACCAGGACUAUAUUCUCAAGGAAGGUGACUUGGUAAAAAUUGACCUUGGGGUUCAUGUGGAUGGCUUUAUCGCUAAUGUUGCCCACACUUUUGUAGUUGGUAUAGCUCAGGGGACCCAAGUAACAGGGCGGAAAGCAGAUGUCAUUAAGGCAGCUCACCUUUGUGCUGAAGCUGCUUUACGCCUGGUCAAACCUGGAAACCAGAACACACAAGUGACAGAAGCCUGGAAUAAAGUUGCCCACUCAUUUAAUUGCACGCCAAUAGAAGGUAUGCUGUCACACCAAUUAAAGCAGCAUGUCAUUGAUGGAGAGAAAACCAUUAUCCAGAAUCCCACAGACCAGCAGAAGAAGGACCAUGAAAAAGCUGAGUUUGAGGUACAUGAAGUAUAUGCUGUGGAUGUUCUCGUCAGCUCAGGAGAGGGCAAGGCGAAGGAUGCAGGACAGAGAACCACCAUUUACAAACGAGACCCUUCUAAACAGUAUGGCCUGAAAAUGAAAACUUCACGUGCCUUCUUUAGUGAGGUGGAAAGGCGUUUUGAUGCCAUGCCCUUUACCUUAAGGGCAUUUGAAGAUGAGAAGAAGGCCCGGAUGGGGGUGGUGGAGUGCGCCAAACAUGAACUGCUGCAGCCGUUUAGUGUUCUCUAUGAGAAGGAGGGUGAAUUUGUUGCCCAGUUUAAAUUUACAGUUCUACUCAUGCCCAAUGGCCCCAUGCGCAUAACCAGUGGCCCCUUUGAGCCUGACCUUUACAAGUCUGAGAUGGAGGUCCAGGAUGCAGAGCUAAAGGCCCUUCUCCAGAGUUCUGCAAGUCGAAAAACUCAGAAAAAGAAAAAAAAGAAGGCCUCCAAGACUGCAGAGAAUGCCACCAGUGGGGAAACAUUAGAAGAGAAUGAAGCUGGGGACUGAGGUGGGUUCCAUCUCCCCAGCUUGCUGCUCCUGCCUCAUCCCCUUCCCACUACACCCCAGGCUCUGUGAAGUGUAGUUCAUCUUCUCCACCCAGGACCACCAGCAGAGCGGGGUCUCCCUGCCCAGCCCAUUUCCCCAGCCCAUUUCCCUUCCGACAACAACCAGCUCCGACUGACUCUGGUCUUGGGAGGCCAGGCUUUCCAGCCACUGAAGACUACUUUAAAUAGUAAAGAAAAAUUGAAUAAUAAAAUCAAGAGUCAAAAUUCAUCGCCUUCAAGCCCCUCUUUCUAGCCUUUUUCUACUACUAUGCUUGGUCAAGGUUUAUGGCCCUACAGUGAACAAGGAGGAGGCUAAAGUAGCCAUCACUAAAAACGCAGCUGAGAUUUUUUUAUACCACUCCAAUGUCAGCAUUUUCCUAUGAGUUGGGGCUUGAUCCUCUCUCUUCCCACUCUCCCCAAGUAUUUUAUCAGGCCUCAAAAUCCAGAGGAGCUAUUCUUCAGAUUGUUUUAUUCACAUGUGGUAGAUCCUUUUCUGAUUCAGGCAGUCCCCCUCCCAUUUUUCGGAGCUGGAGCCUGCAUUUACCACAGGAUUCUCAUCUAUCAAAUGGAUCCUCAUUUGUAAAUCUUAGUCAUCUUUGUUCUGCAGGACUUUUUUUUCAUCCCCAUAAUGCUGUAAAGAAAUAAUGCAUCUCAGCCAUGUCCAUUUCUUUGUGGAGUCAGUGGGGUCUUCCCCUGUUCCAUCUUAGAAACUUGAGCUGGAAGCUCAACUGUGGUUCCCUGUUUGAAAUAUUUUGACCUCCCUCUCUUGAAACAAAGGCCAGAGGAACAGACUGAAGAGACAACUGGCUUUCUGAAGCUGUGGACUCUGAGUGCUAGGGGUUUGGAGAGAAGGGUAACAAUUUCAAUACCUCUGGCAUGCUGUCCCAGGGAACUAGGGUUCCCACUAACUUACAAGGUUUUUAAACACAUUAAAGAUGACAUGGCAUUAAAAUAAAUUUGGAUUUGCUCAUAA